AUGGCUCCCAAGAGGAAAUAUGAGGAGUCCGAGGCCCCAGAAGUUGUUCAUCCCUCGCGACAAUUCCAAGUGCCGGGGAGCAUCCCGAAACCCGCCAAAAAGUCCCGUCGAUUCGAGCAGCCUGCAGAAUACAAGAAGCAGAUGCAUGCCUCGAGCGUCAAUGCUAUCAAGAAGCGAAUGCGAGAUGUCACGAGAAAGCUCGAGCGAACUGAAUAUUCCUCUGCAGAGAAGAAGCUCGAGGAUGAGCGUGCUCUCGCAGCAUACCAGCAGGAGUACGCGGAGGCCGAGGCGGAAAAGAUUAGACAGAAGAUGAUCAAGAAGUACCACAUGGUUCGAUUCUUUGAGCGCCAGAAGGCUACGAGACAAUUGAAGAAGCUGCGGAAGCGUUUAUUGUCGACGGAGUCGACGGAGGAGGUAGAGAGCUUGAAGGCUCAGAUGCACAUUGUGGAAGUUGACCUCAACUACACACAAUACCACCCGCUCAGUGAGAGAUAUAUAUCACUCUACCCACCUGCAGGUUCCGAGGAAGAAGACACCAACAAGACGGACAAGGAAAGACCCAAGCCGGCAAUAUGGGCAGAGGUGGAAAGAGCUAUGGAAGAGGGAACUUUGGAUCGAUUGCGGAAUCGCAGAUCAAAUGCGCCUGUCAAAAUUGCCAAGACAGUAGAAAGCAAGCCUCUCAAGUCUAAGUUGAGAUCGCGAUCGGAGCCGGUACCUCCUCCAAUCGAUACAACUGGCCUGAACCGACGGCAAAGAAGGAAGGCUCUGGGAAUUCAGGACUCGAGGGGAAAAGCCAAGGCGAAGGAGCCUCAUGAUAGCGCCCAAGGACAUGGUACGGAUGCUGGAGACGGUGGAAGUGAUGGUGGCUUCUUCGAGCUGUGA